AUGCUCGAGUUAGACUCGCUGACUAAGAUACUCUGGACUAUACAUUACCCACAACGCAAGUCCAACGUGCGUCGUCAACGCACAUUUUCGCCCACUACGCCGUUUCCCUGCCAGGAGUCAAUCCCGUGGGGUCGCAGUCGGCAGGUGCCCACAUCAGUACACAAGUUGAGACCAGGUGAUAUAGAUGUGGUUGCUGCGAUAGGAGAUUCCUUGGUAGCGGGUAGCGGUGCUUUGGAGGAGUUCGCGCUUGGAGCAAUUAUUGAAUAUCGAGGAGUAUCCUGGUGUGCAGGAGGCGACAGUUCAUGGCGAGAGUUCCUUACUCUACCCAAUAUUCUUAAAGAAUACAACCCGAACCUCCGCGGCUACUCCACCGGUACCGGAGAGUGGCUCUCGAAGAAUUCAAGGCUCAAUGUGGCCUUCCCUGUUGCGUCUGACCAGGAUGCUUAUAAACAGGCUAAGAUUCUGGUUGCACGUAUGCGCUCGUCGCCCGACAUCGAUGUGUCGCGCGACUGGAAGAUGAUCACAGUUUUCAUAGGUGCCAACGACCUCUGUUCUGCCUCCUGCCUGUCCCCUGUGUCCUGGUCUCCGACCGCUCACGCCAGGAAGCUGGCCAAAGCCCUGGACUACUUCCAUACACACUUGCCCAGGACUAUCAUCAAUCUCAUUCCUGUUUUAGAUGUAUCGGUGUCAGUGCGAGUGCUACGGCCCCUGAUGUGCCGCCUCAUGCACCCGUUGUUCUGUACGUGCUUCCACCGCGGCGGCGGCGAGCUGGCCGAGCUCGUGCACCAGGCGCGCCGCUACCAGGCCGCUGAGAUGGCACUGGUGGAUUCAGGCCGUUACGACACGCGCGAUGACUUCACAGUAGUGAUCCAGCCCUUCAUGCGGCUGUUCAACGCCCCCGAGCCCCCACCGCAGGCGCUACCCCUCGUCAUACACCAGUCCUACAUCACUCACGACUGUUUCCACUUCUCACAAAAGGGGCACGCUCUAGCUGCAAACCUCCUCUGGAAUAAUUUGCUGGAACCGGUCGGGAACAAGUCCGACAACGUGCCGCCCAUCCUCAUGCGCAACUUCAAGUGCCCCUCCCGCGCCGCGCCCUUCAUCUUUACGAAGACCAACUCUGAACAGUUCCUCAGGACCGGACAGCAGGAAGGUGCUUUUGAUUUA